GGCCAGCAGCUGGCACAGUAGGAUGCCCCCGUGUCCUCCCCAGCAGAACAGGAACAGGUUGUCACAGCUGCCUGUUGGGGAGCUGGGUGAGAUGGAACUGACUUGGCAAGAGAUCAUGUCCAUUACUGAGCUGCAGGGUCUAAAUGUUCCAAGUGAGCCAUCCUUUGAGCCCCAAGUACCUACCCCAUACUCUGGACCAUUGCCACCUCCAACAUACUGCCCCUGUUCAGUUCACCCAGAUACAGGCUUCUCCCUACCCCCACCACAUUAUGAGCUCCCAACAUCCACUCCCCCUGUCCCAGACCUCCCAUACUCCUAUGGCAACAUGGCUAUCCCAGUGUCAAAGCCCCUCACUCUUUCAGGCCUGCUGAACGAGUCCCUCCCAGACCCCUUAGCUCUUCUAGACAUUGGGCUGCCAGUGGGGCCACCCAAGCCCCAAGAAGACCCAGAAUCUGACUCGGGAUUAUCCCUCAACUACAGUGAUGCAGAAUCUCUUGAGCUAGAGGGCGCAGAGGCUGGCAGACGGAGGAAUGAGUAUGUGGACAUGUACCCAGUGGAGUACCCUUACUCCCAUAUGCCCAGCUCCUUGGCCCACCCAAACUAUACUUUGCCACCCACGGAGAUACCCUUGGCCUUAGAGUCAUCCUCUGGCCCUGUGCGGGCUAAGCCUACUGUCAGGGGGGAGGCGGGGAGUAGGGAUGAGCGGCGGGCACUAGCCAUGAAGAUUCCCUUCCCUACGGACAAGAUCGUCAACUUGCCUGUAGAUGACUUUAAUGAAUUGUUGGCACAGUAUCCGUUAACAGAGAGCCAGCUGGCUCUAGUACGGGACAUUCGACGGCGGGGCAAGAACAAGGUGGCAGCCCAGAAUUGUCGCAAGAGAAAACUGGAAACCAUUGUGCAGUUAGAGCGGGAGCUGGAGCGGCUGGGCAGCGAGAGAGAGCGGCUUCUUAGAGCGCGAGGAGAAGCUGACCGUACUCUGGAGGUCAUGCGGCAACAGCUGGCAGAGCUAUACCACGACAUUUUUCAGCAUCUUCGGGAUGAAUCUGGCAACAGCUAUUCACCUGAGGAAUAUGUACUCCAACAGGCUGCUGAUGGGGCCAUCUUUCUGGUACCCCGUGGGACAAAGACAGAGGCCUCAGAUUGAGUGGGCCUAGAGAAGACCAACAAUGGUGCUAGGCCUUCCCCUAGGUAUUUCAACCUCAGGACCAGGAAGUUCUCCAACCAAGAGGGCAGGUGUAACCUUAGCAUUUGGAUGUUCCAAGGUAUGUUUGGUGAGGUUUACUUGGAAGCCAGGAAGUGUUGGCUUCCCAGGUCCCACCACGCCUCUACUUCUUGUCUAAUUGGUCCAUAAAA